GAGAGAGAAAUAGAGAGGAGAGAGAGAGAGAGAGAGCUGGCAGACGCGCUCGGAAAACUGGCAUGGGUUUUUGGAGGCUGGCAGUUGAGCACUGAAACGUCAGAUAUGACUCCCAGAUACUGCUGAGAUGAUCAUUAAGGGAGACUUAGAUCGGAUGGCAGGAGACAUCGGGCAUGCAGGUGGUGGACUGAAGACUAUGCUGGAUGCCAUGGAAGUUCCAAGUCAUGCUAGGGAUCUCCUCCUGCAGCUCAACAGCCAGCGCACCAAAGGCUUUCUGUGUGAUGUCAUCAUUGUGGUGCAGAAUGCGCUCUUCAGAGCUCACAAGAACAUUCUGGCCGCCAGCAGCCACUACUUGAAGUCCCUGGUGGUCCACGACAAUCUCAUCAACCUCGACCACGAGAUGGUGAGUCCAGCCGUCUUCAGGAUCAUACUGGACUACAUCUACACCGGGCGCCUCAGUGAGGGAGACCCCACGUCUCCCACUGAACCCAAUCUAGGUGCCGUCUUGGCAGCGGCCAGCUAUCUGCAGCUGCUCGACUUGGUGGCCUUGUGCAAAAAGAAGCUGAGGAAAAUUGGGAAGUACCCGCCCCGUCCCGGUCCCGCCUUUCUACCUUACCCAAAAUUGGGACCCAGCGGCAUGGGCCUAGGAGGUGGAGGCAGGUAUAGAGUUUCUACUCCUGUGAUUCAGUCCUGUCCUCCGGGGGGGAUUCUUAACACACCCAGGGCGCCGUUGCUGGAUGAGCUGGUCCCCCAUCGAAUAACCAUCCAUAGCGGCGAGUUGUAUGCCCCCACUUCCAACCAGGCCUCUCAGGUGUUCCCAUCUCUGCCUGCUCAGCUGGGACGCCCAGGCCACGGCGAGAGGAACUGCUCCCCCAGCUUUGGCCUCGAUCUUUCCAAAAAGAGUCCCACCUCCCAGUCUCAGCACACACCCUCUCAAACCCAUAUGGCAAACAGUCACAGCAAUGAGGAGCGGGAUGAAGCUCUAACUGUAGCCACUAGUCCCAUGCACGGAGCAAAUGGGAGAGCUUUUAUGUCCGAAAAGAUGGAGCCUGUCGACCAGCCAGGUUCCCUCACACCUCCAUCCUUUCCCCACCUAAAUCAGCCCUUAGCCCCCCACCUGCCUCAUCUACAUCGCUCAGGUUCCCAAGGGACAGACCGCUACCCAUGCCCCGCCAGCCCUGACACCCCAACAGAAGGUGAAAAUGCAGGAAGAGAAAUGGGAAACAUCUACCGCUGGGUGAAACACGAGCCCCUGCCGUACAAUGGGGAAGAUGAAGACGAGGAUGAGGAUGAAGAAGAAGGGGCUGAGAACGGGGACCAGCAUCACAAUCAUCACAAGCCAGGGGAGGAGAGCGAAGGCGUGGACGACAAGAGUGGCUCUGGCACGGAGGAGACGGGCAGCAGCGAGGGCCGUCCGUCCCCUACCGGCCCCAUCGGGAGAUUCCAUAUGCCGUAUGAGCCCGAAAGCUUCGGGGACAAUUUGUACGUCUGCAUUCCCUGUGAUAAAGGCUUCCCGAGCUCAGAGCAGCUCAACGCACAUGUGGAGACACACACAGAGGAGGAGCUGUAUAGCUCUGUUGGGGAGAUGGGGAACAACAACAACAGCGGCACCAAAGGCAUUGGUGGCAAUACAAACGGUUACGGAAACCUCAACAGCGGUAAUACUCCAAACAACAUGUCGCAUCUGGAGACCAAAUCUGACCAAGGCCUGAAUUCGGGAACCAUCGGGGAGAUGAUCAGGCCUUACCGCUGUUCCAACUGCGACAAGUCUUACAAAGAUCCAGCCACAUUGCGCCAACACGAGAAGACGCACUGGCUGACGCGGCCUUACCCCUGCAGCAUCUGUGGCAAGAAGUUCACACAGCGCGGCACCAUGACGCGUCACAUGCGCAGCCACCUGGGCCUCAAACCUUUCGCCUGCGAUUCAUGUGGGAUGCGCUUCACUCGCCAGUACCGCCUCACUGAGCACAUGCGCAUCCACUCUGGGGAAAAGCCCUAUGAAUGUCAGGUGUGCGGGGGGAAGUUUGCCCAGCAGCGCAACCUCAUCAGCCACAUGAAGAUGCACAGCGUGGGGGGGGGAGGCGGCCUGACGGCAGACGGGAAGCUGAAGCUGGACUUUGUAGAGGGCAUAUACCCCCUGAGCAAGUAUGCAGCGGAGCACCUGGGGCUGAAGCAGGAGAAGGCCAACGAGCUUCUCAUUCAAGCGCAGCAGCAACUGGUGGCAGACGCAAAGGCCAUCGAGAGCCUUUACCCGCUCACCAAGCUUGCGUCGGAGCAUCUGGGCCUCACCCAUGAAAAGAUGGACAUCCUGGGCCAACCACUUCCCCCUCCUCCCCAGCCAAUCUCUGACAGCCGAACCAUCGACCGCUACUCGCCAAGCUAAGACAUUUGAUAUGUGACGGUGGCAAUCACAGGCAGGUCUGCGCGCACUCACAGUUUGCAGUAUUUGAAAGCCAUUCACCUCAACUCCAUAUCUUCCUCUGCACCUCAGACUCAGGCCUGAGUGGAACUGGGCCUGCUCAUGCACACCAGACUGUUUAGACUGUAAGUGCCUUUCUAUGCAUCUAAUGUAUCUUUUUAAAUCCUCCUUCAUAAAGGAGCUCUACUUUCUGUGACCAAGGGACACUCGUUGACAGAACUUCAGUAUUUAUGUACAGUCUAUGCAAAGAAACAUGUUUUUUUUCUUUUCUUAAUUCCAACCAUUGAGCCAUAGUGACUAAGUCAAAACCAAAAGGAAAUUUGUUUAUUUAUUUUUGUAUAUGAUGAAAUCCAAAGAAAACAUGUUGCAGAGAUACUUUGCAAUCUGACCCUAAACCUGUGUACUAUUCAUGUAUGAAAAGAAAAAAGAAAAAAAAGCACAAAAGGAACAAUAUUCAGGACUUUUUUCAAUAUUCAGAACUUUUCAGGUCUAAACAACAUUAAGAAAAAAGCAAAUUUUAUUAUUAUUAUUUUUUGAACAGUCUUGGGGUACGGGAUACUUUGUGUGUCUUGAUUCUUUGCUUGUCUCCCCCUUUCAUGUGAAAUAGCUGAAACGUAAUGCAUUUCUCUGUGCCUAUUUUAUUAUUUUUUUGCCCCUCUCCCAAGCGAGGGGCGGGGCUUUGUGUGGAUAAAUGCUCAUCCCUUAUGUGACAGCGGCGGUGGCUUAAUCGGCUUUACACCCGGCUUUUAAACCACUCUUGAGCUAAAGCUUCCUCUGCAGUGUGACAAAUGUUCCUUAGCUUUCAGCUGUUUAGGAGAUGCACUGAGCAGAGCCCUGUGAUCUCACGAGUGGGAAACGAUUGCACAUACCCAGCUGAUGACACACUAAUCCCUGUUCAUGACGACUCGCGGGUGUUGGCUUGCGCUUUUGCAGAGACAGAGAGGCAGAGAGGCGUACGCCGGGGCGGAAUUGGCGACGAAGGAGUCUGUCACUGACCGACAGACAUUGUUUCUAUUUUAAUAAUUGAGUGAUGAUCAACAGUGGUCAGAGGGCUGGUUGUGGACGCUUCCUUAGAUUCCGGGGGCUGCAUGAUGGAGCACUGAGUAACACCGAACCUCUGCUCACUCCCCACUUGUUGCCUCAUACUUCCAGUCAGUGUAAAGUAACAAGUGUCUAUGUACAAACUCCAAAGCUUAGAGUAAAACUAUAUUCAUUUGUUUCUUCGGCUAUUUGGUUUUAAUCAUGUGAAUCCGUGCUAUUUUUCACUCAGUCUAAUAAUUUCAAAUGCAAAUCUUUCGAUUCCAUUUGAUUCCGAUUUUCAUGGUGACGAUUCAAUUCAGAAGUGUUUUUUUGAAACAGAGACCAAUUUGUCCACUCCGACGAUCUGGAGAUUGCAUUUAAACGAUUUGCAUCGUGAGAGAAAAAAAAGAUUUAUUUAAAGCAAUUCUUUAAUAUUCCAUACUGCAUCAAAUCUAAUCAGUUUACACAAAAGCAGGGUUUGUGCAUAAAAGUCUGCAACAUAAAUUGCCAAUUUAAAUUUCUUAAAUAAUAAUAAAAAUUUAAAAAAGAUCAAAGAAUUAUUCUUGAUGCUUCAGCGCAGCAUUUUAAAAUCAAUUUUUGAGCAUUUUGAAUUGAUCCAGAAUUCCCAGGACUAGGAAUUGUGAUUCUUUUAUAGGAUCCAAUUUUUUUUCCUCUUCACCCAUAACUUUCAUCCCUCUCAUUUUUCGGCAUGGUUGUGGCCCCUUGCCUUAUAAGAACUCUACCAACUUAGAGAGACGAUAUUCCCCUUCGCACACAGCAGGCUGCUAAUCUGUAAGCAACAUGAUCAGAUGAAAGCAGCCUGUUGUGACUCUUCCCUGAACAAGCCCUGCCCCAGCUGCUGUCCUCCAGUAAAUCCCUGUGAAAUCCCACUUUCUCCUGGACAAUUCGCACUUGCUCGCCAGCAUGAUGUCCCAUUUCACGCCUGCCAUCUCACUCCUCUGAUCCACUGUAAAACGUUACAUCUGAGCCCCAAGUGUCUCCUCUUGCCUCUCUGCCUCCUCCCCUCACUCCCCUGAUGUCAGACCCGCUCAAGCCAAAGUUUUGAGAUAAAAACUUAUUUUCUGACCUGAGGAAUUCUUCCAACUUGAAAACACAAAGAGCACUUAAAAAAAAAAGUUGUGUUUUGAAGGCACAUUUUUUUUCUUUGUCUGCAUUUCUUUCUACCAAAGAAUAUGUUGGCCCUUUUUUUUCUUUCUUUUUAUAGCUAGUCCUUGAUUUAGAUUAGGAAAAAAAAAUGCAAAAAAAAUUGACCACUAUAGUGCCAACGCCAACCUCUGGAGGUGAAUGUGAAGACUAAAGCCAUAAAUACACUGUGACAGAAGUAGUUAUUCUGAAAGCCUUAAAGUAAAAAAAAAAAA